AUCGUUUCAAAGGUUUCAACAUUUGUCUCUUGAAAUCGAUCGCCGUUUUUCUCCAUCCUCCGUUCAUAAUUCCGGCACCGUUUAUCCAAAAUCUACACUUGGCUGAAAACAUGAGUCGUAAUCCGGAGGUUCUUUGGGCUCAGCGUUCUGAUAAAGUUUACCUAACUGUCGCCUUACCUGAUGCGAAGGACAUUUCGGUGAAGUGUGAGCCUCAGGGUCUAUUCAGUUUCUCUGCUCUUGGUGCCCAAGGCGAGCGCUUUGAAUUCAGCUUGGAGUUAUAUGGGAAGAUUAUGACAGAAUAUCGGAAGAAUGUAGGACUAAGGAACAUCAUAUUUUCAAUUCAGAAAGAAGAGAGAAGCUGGUGGACACGACUGCUGAAAUCGGAAGAGAAACCUGCACCUUACAUCAAAGUCGACUGGAAUAAAUGGUGUGAUGAGGAUGAGGAGGUCAACUGUAAGUCGUAAAAAUAUAUGUUACAAGCCAAAGUUCUCUUUUCAGUUCAAUCUCUAGAUGAUAAUCGAAAAUCUUCUCAUAUUACAUGCUUGAUUAAGUAAACCUUGUUUGAAAAGACAUAGGAAAAUCACAAGUAUUCUGAUCUCUAUAUGAUAAUUUGUUUCUAACGUUAGACUCUUUUUCGUUUCUGUUUCAGCUGAAACAGCCUCUGAUGAUGAGAGUGCAUUUGUUAAUCAAGAUAGUGAAAGCAGCGAUGACGAUGGAUUGCUCUAUCUUCCUGAUCUGGAAAAGGCAAGAAACAAGUAGCUUAACCGCAACAACAACCAACCAACCAACUCUGGAAGAUGAAGAAAAAGUAAAAGACUACGAGCUGAAACAUAGUGCUUUAGGAUGAUCCGGUUUGUUCUGUACCUGACUAAACCGACCACCUAUCUCUUCCGGUUUACUCAGGUUUACCUCUGAUUUAGGUUUCGUAGGGUAAUCAGCAUUAGUUGUCUCUGAUGUAGUUUGGCUUUUUUUUCUGUUAUGGUUGGUUCACAAGUUAGGGUUCGGUAUGUGAAUUCUACCGAGAGUAGGAACUUAUAAAGUAAUGUAAGGGUUGAACUCUAAUAGACUAAUACCGUUGAAUGACUAUGUCUUUUUCAAUGGUUCGGAUACUUUAUCGUCUUUAGCAUGUGAUGUCGCCGUGAAUUGAUCAUCCGACGAAGAAGAAGAUGCAGGGAUUAUUUCAGACCAAACUUAAAAGCUUCUGAUACAACAAGAAUCCUAGACUGUAUAACAAAACAAAACUUUUUCUGAGAAGUCUGCGUGUGUUACUUUAGGAGAAUCUCAAAUAUCCAGUUUGGAAUAUUUUGUUUGAAAUCAUAAUAAG